AUGGCUCUCCUUCUCCUACCAAAUGAGCUUCUAUUAAACAUAGCCAAGAACCAAGAAUCCCAAGAAGAAAUAAAUGCUUUGACAAGAAUCAAUCACCGCUGUUAUGCCCUUCUGAACUCCUUUCUCUAUGCCAACAACGUCCGAAACCACGAAGCGAGCGCACUCCACUGGGCGGCAAAUCAAGGACAACCCCGGACUGCCCAAAAAUCACUCCAACAAGGGGCGGACGUCGAAUCCAAAGACCGGGAAACAGCUAGCCGACCAUUGAUACAAUCAGCUCGCUUCGGUCAUGCAGAUGUUGUCGCGCUGCUGUUGGAACACGGAGCCGAUCCGUACGCCAAAAACAGCCCGACGAGCAAGGAUGCAAUCACGCUAGCUGUCCGCCAUAAUCAGGCGGCUGUCGCUAAGGUGUUGCUCGAGCAUGGCGUUGAUGCAAACCAGACUCACUGGGAUGGAAGCGGACUGUUACAUAUUGCUGCUCAAGAGCAGCGCAGCGAUCGCAAGGCAGUAACAAGGGUUCUGGUUGAGAAAGGGGCCAACCUGGAAGCUGUCAAUGUGCUGGAUGAGACUGCAUUGCAAGUGGCCUGUGCGGCUGGCUCUGUCGAAGUGGCCCGAUGUUUGAUGGAAUGCGGCGCGGACAUGAAUAGACGGAGUAAAGAUGGAAAGUCAUUAUUGCAUCUUGCAUCUAUUAAAAACAGAGUUCAGGUUGUCAAAAUGUUGAUGGAGGAGGGCGCCGAUAUAGAGGCAAAAAACGACGAAGGUUCUACGCCGCUUCAUCAGGCAUGCUGGGAUGGUCGAGUAGAAACAGCAGCGUUCCUGCUGGAUCGGGGUGCAAAUAUAGAGGCAACGUCGUCUAAAGGACACACACCUUUACUCUUGGGGGUGUUGUGGGAAUGCACUUCGUGCGAGAUUGAGGCCCUUCGGGAGUACAUGAGCUGCGAGGUCGAGGAAAUGAUCCGAAUGACCUCUCUCUUGCUGAAACGAGGCGCCGAUCCAAACCGGGCAAAUGAGUAUGGAAUUACACCUUUGCAUUGUUCAAUAUCCACGGGAAACGCGACGAUAUGCAAUGUUCUGCUUCAAUAUGGCGCCGAUCCAGAGUCAAGAACCACAGAGGGUGUAACGCCACUCCACAAAGCAGCAUUUUAUGGCUCCCUGGAGUCGGCGAAGCACUUGUUGAAGAGGGGGGUUGAUGUACAGCCAAUGGACGCAGAGGGUGAUACACCACUGCACAUGGCAGCGCAGAGAAAUGAUCCGGCAUUCGUCAAGUUGCUGCUAGAGGCAGGCGCUAACCGGCUGAUCAAGAAUCACCAGGGUCAAUUGCCGGUGCAAGUAGUACCAGAAGGACCUGCGAUAUCAGAAGGUGAACCGGCCAUACAUAACGAAAUGAUGAACCUCCUGAGGGCUCGGUUUGAAGAUCAAAAAUUGUGA